AAAGCAGUGCAGAACGGCCUGAAAAUAUUGAAUUUUCUGCUAAAUUGUAGCAGAUUUUGUUAGAAAUUCGUGCGUAAUUAAAUCUAUUACAAAAGUGUAUUGUUCGCAUAAUAUUUACAAAUAAUGGAUACCGAGGAUCCGAACGUAGUUCCCGGUUUUUCGAUCGAAACUGCUGGAGUGGAUUAUGACGACUAUGAGUCGGGUGGAAAAGGUAAGAAGAAAAAAGGAGGUGGCUUUCAGGCCAUGGCGCUGAGCGCUCCGGUACUGAAGGGUAUCCUUAAAAUGGGCUACAAGCUUCCGACGCCAAUCCAACGUAAGACAAUUCCAUUGAUAAUGGAAGGUCGCGACGUCGUUGCUAUGGCAAAAACCGGCUCCGGAAAAACGGGCUGUUUCCUGAUUCCACUAUUCGAGCGGCUUAAAGAGCGUGAAGUGAAAACCGGAGCCCGUGCGUUGAUUCUUACGCCAACUCGUGAGCUGGCUAUUCAAACGUUUAAGUUUAUCAAGCAACUGGGGAAGUUUACGAACUUGAAAACGAUCCUGGUGCUGGGUGGAGAUUCGAUGGAUUCUCAGUUUGCAGCGAUUCACACCCUGCCGGAUAUAAUUGUGGCCACACCGGGUCGCUUUCUGCAUCUCUGUGUCGAAAUGAAUCUGAAGCUGUCUUCGGUCGAGUAUUGUGUGUUCGAUGAGGCGGAUCGAUUGUUCGAAAUGGGAUUCGGAGAGCAACUGACCGAGACACUGCGCCGGUUACCCAGCGGGCGGCAGAUGGUACUAUUCAGUGCCACGCUUCCAAAAAUGAUGGUGGAAUUCGCAAAAGCUGGUUUGAGCGACCCGACCCUGAUUCGGCUGGACGUUGAGUCGAAAAUUCCGGAGACGUUGGAUUUGAAAUUUCUCUACUGCCGGCCGGAUGAAAGAUACGCUACGCUGCUGGUUCUGAUACGGGAGGUGAUUCCCAAAAAUGCUCAAAUUGUAAUUUUUGCCGGGACCCAACAUCAUGUUGAGCUGAUUCAGCUGAUUUUAACUAAAGCGGGUAUCGCAUGUACGCACGUUUACUCAGGGUUGGACGCAUCCGCCAGAAAGAUAAACACUGCAAAGUUUACGAUGAAAAAAGUUAAUGUUCUUGUCGUAACAGACAUCGCUGCUCGAGGACUGGAUAUUCCCAAUCUAGAUUACGUUAUAAACGUACACUUUCCGGGAAAGCCUAAGCUAUUCAUCCAUCGAGUCGGUCGAUGUGCCCGUGCUGGAAGAAGCGGUACGGCUUAUAGCAUCUUCUCCAACGAUGAUAUUGCCCACAUGAUCGAUUUGCAUAUGUUUCUUACACGAUCAGCCGAGCCGGGUGAUUCGCGAAUCAUCGGUCGACCGCCACCGGAGCUGGUCGAAACGGAACAUCAGGUAGUUAUGGAGUACGUGAAGCAUGUCGAUUUGGCAACGGCUUACCGAGUAAGCAAUAAUGGCUACAAACAGUACAUCGCAACCAGACCAGUGGCUUCUGCGAGUUCGAACAAAAAAGCGAAACAGUUCAAGAUUGGUGAACUCAAAGUGUUGGAUGAUUUUGAAAAGGCGGCAGCAGCAAAGCGCGAGCCGGAGGCAUUGAAAGCAAAGCAUAAGAAAAAAGAAACGGCAAAGUCUAACAAAGAAUCAAAUGCAGAGGAGUUUCGUGAUAAUUUUCUAGCUCAGAUGAAGAACUUUCGACCCCGGACAACCAUUUUUGAACUUAAUCCCAAAAACAACUCUAAAGAGCUUUCGAUAAUGGCGGAAAAACGUGAAAAAGACAACGUUAAGAUCGAGAAGCAUAAGCGUAAGCUGGCUGAGUUGGAACUGGAAAAAGAUCACAAACAGGAAAGUUCGGCGAAAAAGAUGAAAAAGCAACAAGCUAAGGAUGACGAAAAUUUUAUUUCCUAUCAAGCAAAGGAUCAUAUCGAAGAGGAUGGCUAUGCAAUCAACAGUUUUGCCAAACAGGCCGGUUCAGCAGAAUUUUCCGUUGUCGGCGAUACGGCUAACGAUCAACGCAAGCAUCAGCGGCUACAAAUGUGGGACCGCAAGAAGAAGAAAAUGGUAAACGUGGUCGAUCCGAAGGCCGGUAAAAUCAAAACCGAACACGGCGUUUGGAUCGCGGCUUCCUACAAGACCGGUCGAUAUGAUAAGUGGAAGGAGCGUACGAAGAUCGACGAGCAGAUGGCCGCUCGGCAGGAUAGCGACGCUAGCGAUGCGGAGGAAACGGUUCCGGUGCAUAAGCGGGACUAUCCACACACCCACUGGGGUCGACAUAAUGCCAAGAUGGAUAUGAAGAAGGUACGUGACUUGGAGCUGAAGAGUACCGAACAGAUCGCCAAGCAGCGGCUGCAGAAGGAGACCAAGCUGGCCCGGGAGAAGGCCGCUCGGUUGAAGAACUUGUCGAAAAAGAAAAAAGCACUGAGCAGAAAGAUGGCCAAAUCCAAGGGGAAGAAAUGAUGAAAAGAGUAAGUUACCGAAUUCGGGUUGUUUGAAAGUAAAUAAUAUCCUAGCAGUCGUCUAAUGAAAAGUUGUUGUAAAAUAAA